AUGUUCGAGCCUCUUCGCCGGCUCCUCCAAGCUCGCCUGACACAAAUUCGAGAUGAGGAGGAAAGGGAAGGGCGCUUAUUCUCUGCAGUUCAUCUGAAUGCGUUCUGGAAAGCGAACCUCACGGAUGAAGCCCGAUUCUCCAAUCGGGGCUCUUUGGAUCUGUUAGCAAUCGCCCGCCAAGGCUUUCCUCCCGCCUGUGUCCAAGUCAACCACGUCCUAAGUCUCUAUCUCGUGAUCACAUUCGCCGUGUAA